UCUAAACCUCAGCCAGUGUCCGAGUGCCGACGACAAUGGCUGACGAAGCAAUUGAACGUGUCUUGAAAGUGAUCAAUCAAGUGUUUGCCUUUAAAAUACCCCCACAAUCAUCGGCUGCUGGGCAUCGGGCGGACUCGUGGCCAAAAGACCCGGUGUGGACAGGUCGGUUGGUCAUUUCUGCGAUCAACGAUGCGACUCAAAUCCAGUUGCGCGACGCCAAGACUGGCGCAUUGUUCGCUGCAUGUCCCAUUUCCAAAGACGGUCCCCCCGCAGUAACGAAAGUGGUAGACAGCAGCCGCUACUUCGUCUUGCGUGUUGUGGAUGCCAAGUCCGGUCGUCAUGCAUUCAUUGGUAUUGCAUUCGAAGAUCGAAACGAUGCGUUCGACUUUAACGUGGCCAUCGAUGACCACCAAAACGAGGUGAAGCGAGAAGAGCACGCGGCCGUGACUGCCCCCACUGUGUCGAGGGACUUUUCGCUUAAAGAAGGGCAAACCAUCAAGAUCAAGCUCAACAAGAAGAGCGCAGAGGCCGAUGACAACCCUGCGCCAGUCAAGCCGAUGGCAGCACCUACUGCGGCCAAGCAAAGCGACAACUUCGGUGUGUUUAGCUCCUUCGCUUCGCCUACGGCCACGCAGCCUGCUGAUCCUCCAAGCAACUGGGAAACCUUCUAAGUCGUCGGCGACACCUCUGACAUUGCCCCAUCUAAUGCAAUGUACUUCCUCAUCCAA